CAAACAAUAGCCUAAGGUGACCCUAGCUAGGCUGGAAGGAUGUAUAAUGGCACAACUUUUACCCAUAAAUACCUAUAGAUUUUUUUGAUGGAUCCUCUAUAUCAUACAAAAAUCAAAUCUGCAACAAAGAGGAACUAUGGCGUUAGAGGUGGUGAUGGUGAUAAUCUCAGAUGAGAUGAUUAAGCCUUCAUCUCCAACUCCAAUCCAUCUCAGAAAUCUCAAACUCUCCGUCUUAGACCAAAUCUCACCUCCCAUAUAUGUUCCCCUCAUUUUCUUCUACAACCAUCAUCAACUAGAGCUCAAGAAACUCCAAAUAUCAUCAGGGGUAGAUGAGAAGGUGAUGCUGAAAGUGAAGAUUUGUUUCUUCGAGUGCGGAGGGAUUUCCGUCGCUAUAUCUCUCUCGCACAAAAUUGCCGACGGAACAUCUCUCGUUGCGUUUGUCAAUGCAUGGGCCGCUGCAACCCGCGGCGAAACUCUAGAGUUCAAGCCGUCCUUCGAUUUCGCUUCCGUUUUCCCACCCCGAGACCUCUCCGUGUUGGAAUCCACCCAGACAGUCGGCUGUACGCAGGAGAAAAUCGUGACGAAAAGAUUUGGUUUCGACAAGGAAGAGCUGACGAAGUUUAAGAUGAUCAACAGUAGUGGAUCGCAAGUCAAGAAUAUUCCAACUAGAGUGGAAGCUGUUUCUUCCUACAUCUGGCGACGCUUUAUAGACGCUGCAAAAGCGAAAGAAAAAGGCAGCACCAAAACGACGUCGUUUGCUGCUGCUCACGCGGUGAACCUGAGGCCGAGAAAGAGUCCACCGUUUCUGCAGCACAUGUUCGGAAACUGCUGGAGGCCCGCGAUCGCACUGUCUGGACCGGAGGCGAGUGAGGCCGAGCUGGUGGGGAAAUUGAGGGGUGCCAUAACAAGAAUGGAUGGGGAUUUUAUUGGACAGAUUGAGAAUGAACUCUGUUUGAAUGUUCUGAGUAGAUCAGUUGAAUUGUUCAUCAAGGGUGGGUUGGAAAAAUGCCUUUUCAGCAGUUGGUGUAGGUUUCCGGUGUACGAGGUGGAUUUCGGGUGGGGGAAACCAGUGUGGGUUUGCACGACGACGCUGCCGUUCAAGAAUUUAGUGAUUUUGAUGAGCACACCAUGUGGUGAAGGAAUUGAAGCGUGGGUUAAUAUUUUGGAGGAAGAUAUGAAAAUGUUUGAACAAGGCCAGGAACUCAACAUCUAAUUAUGUCAAUGAGUGUUCUGCUUUUAUUUCUACCAUCUAAAGAAUGUGCGAUGAAGUAAGAAGUGGUAUGUAUUUUAGAUUGUUUAUUCAAGAAUUAAUAUAUUUUGUGUAUGUAUU